AUGGGUCUGGGUGAGGAGGACGGCAAGGCCGCGAGGGCGGCUGCAGGCCCCCUCGCUGCCUCCUGUACAGACAGCGUGAUACGCUUGGCGCCCGCCGCGCUGCGGCUGCCGCUGCUGCUCGAGGCGCUCGAGGAGCCCGGCCCCGAGUCGUGCGUGGAGCCAGCGCUGGCGCUGCUGGAGCAGCUGGUGCGCGCGGGCGGCCUGGCGGAGCUGCUGUGGGAGCAGUGCGAGCCGCGCGCGGGCGGCCCCUGCGCCGACGUCCUGCUGGGCCUGCUCGUGGGGCUGCCUGACCGCGUGGGCAACCGGCUGCGGGGCCGGGCGCCCGGCGCGCUGCUGCCGCGCGGCUACUUCGCGCUGCUGGGCGGCGCGGUGCUGCAGGCGCUGCGGCGCCUCGCCGGCUCGCUGCGAGGUGGCUCGGACUGCUCCGUCUCUUUCGUGUCGCAGGUCGUGGGGAAGGUGUGCGUCCAUGGGGGACAGAAGGAAAUUCUGGGCGUCUUGGUGCCCCAGCUAACAGAACUCACCCAGUCAGACUGCAUCUGGCAGCGGAUUUGCUGGCGACUGGUGGAAAGCGUGCCCGACCGCUGGAUGGAAGCAGUGCUCCUUGGAUUCGUUCAGAGUGCACCAGGGGCAGAUGCCUUGUCUCGACUGCUGGGGAACCUGGUGGUGAAGAACAAGAAAGCUCAGUUCGUGAUGACACAGAAGCUGCUGCUCUUGCAGUAUGGCUACACGACUGCAGUGCUACAGAACGUCCUUGGCUACCUGUCCCUGGACAACCUGCGGCGUGCCUUGUUGAUCAAAGUGCUGCAAGAGCUCUUGGAGACGUGGGGCAGCAGCAGUGCCGUGAGACACUCGCCGGUGGAGCAGCAGCUCUACAUUAGCAAGGCCAUUCUCAUCUGCCUCUCCCACCUGAAGGAGUCAGAAAUAGAGAGCUGCAGGCAAGAACUCCUCACAAACAUGAUGGCCGGUGUAAAAUGCCACCUGGACAGCAGCCUGCCCCAGAUCCGGCGUCUGGGAAUGAUCGUGGCCGAGAGCGUUAGCGUGAGGAUCAACACUGAUGGGCCCGUCCUGAAGUUUCAGUAUGAAGAAGACAACGAGACACAAGAGCUGAAGUCCCUCCUGGUGGAGGCUCCUCAACACGGUGUUGUCGCCAGCCUUGCAGACAACAGGAAUGAAAGAGCAGAAGCGGCACUGCCAGGGGAAUUGGAAGCUGUGGAAAAACCACAGACAGCAACCCAGGGGGUGCCAGAGGAGGAGUCAGAUACUGAGCUUGACAGUGAUGACGACCUUGUCCCUUAUGACAUGUCAGAGGAUAAAGAAAUAAAGAGCACUAAGGCUCCUGUGUAUAUUCGUGACUGUAUUGAAGUCCUGACAGGGUCUGACGAUGUGCACAAAUGGGAUGCUACAAUCAAGGCUCUCGAGGGCUUAAUUCGAAAGAAUCCAGCAGCUACAAGAGAGGUUAGUGUGGAGCUGGCAAAAAUCCUCCUGCAUGUGGAAGAGAAGAGCUGCAUUGAAGGCUUUGCAGUGCUCCGUCAGAAAGCCCAAGUAGCUGUUUUAACCACUGAUCCCAUACCUGUCGCGCAGUACCUGACCUCUCAGUUCUACUCCCUGAACUACAGCCUUCGACAGCGCAUGGACAUCCUCGACGUAUUGGUUUUGGCAGCUCAGGAAAUGUCUUCUCCCAAAUUCUAUGGGAAGAACAAGCCAUCUAAUGCUCAGAAACCUUGUAUCCAGCUCCUUCCCGAAAGCAGCUCUUCCAAGGGCUGGAGACAGAUUGUUGAUGAGAGGAUCAAAAGCAAGACACGAAGGUUUGCUAAGGGUCAGUCUCAAGCGGAAACGGAUGCAGGCCCAAACGAGUUCAAUUCUGUAGCUGGACACUUCUUCUUCCCCCUGAUCCAGAACUUUGACAGGCCCCUGUCAACGUUUGAUCUCCUGGGAGAAGAUCAUUUUGUGCUUGGAAGAUUGGUGCACACGCUGGCAAUCCUGAUGUACCUGGCUGCCAGUGCUGUGGUAGUCACCCCCAUGGGAAAGGCACUGCUGGAGUUCGUCUGGGCUCUGCGUUUCCACACUGACGCGUAUGUGCGCCAGGGUCUCCUGUCCUGCAUCUCCUCCGUACUCCUCAGUGUCCCUGCUGCACAUCUUCUGGAAGACGUGGCAGAAGUGCUCGUGGAGACUCGGUGCUGGCUGGCAGAUGUGGUGGAGAAAGACCCAGACGGGGACUGCCGGAGGCUGGCCUUACAGAACUUGCUGCUAAUGGAGAAUCUGAAAAAGAAACUCGAAACUGCCCCUUCCUAGUUGAAGGGUAGAAGUGACCUCUACCUCACACUCCUGCCAGCUGGAUGCCUCUAGGCACCGCAGGGGCCUCUGCAGUCACCUGGCUGGGCAAGAGGAAGGAGGGGGAAGGGUGCAGAGCUGGGAGCCGGAGAACCCAACUUGACAUCUGGACUUUGUAGUGGAGGCCAAUUUAGUGAGCUGCUGCCAUCCGGUACGGCCUGUACAGAUGCAGGAAGGUAGCGAGCGCUGCCAUCCUCUCACACCUCCAGCCCCCACCCCCGGCUAUUUAUAACCUGAGUGCUCGGCUAAAAAUACCGAGUUGAUCUCGGAGCAGGCUUCUUGUCAGGAAAACAGGAGGGCUGGGACCAGCCGCUCAGCUCCUGGGGGGCAAGGACAUGGAAUCCCCUAGCAGAGGCUCCUGUGUCUCCUAGCAGCGCGGCGCUGCGCUGGCGUGGUAGCGGCCCCGCUGCCGUGGACGAGCCGUUCCUUGCGGCUGCGGCGCCGCUACGGGAGCACGCCCGGCCUUCCCGGGCAGCCUCCGGAGCCUGCACUGUGCUGGGGAGCAAGCACAGCAGGGCUUUUCAGAUCAUCUUAGUACCAAAAAAAGCUUCUGUUAAAGCGCAGAUAAUGGAGCACAGAUAAUGGCCAGAGUUUGGUCUUCAAAUAUGCCCAAAAAAGCACAGAAUUUAAAUAACUUCCAAGUGACCCCAAAUAUUGAAGCAAGUCAUCAACACUUUGUGUCUAAGCAGAAGAGAUGGCUAGUACAAAAUGUGUGCACAUGGGUGGGUCUUUGUAAAUACAGCUUAUUUGAUGUGAGAGGAUAACAGGCUUAAAGCAACCAAGAUUUUGCUCACCUUUAUUUUGGUUCCACUUCUGGCUAAUCCUGCUCGUGCCAGGGAAGAACUUGCAUCCUCAAAUACGACUAGUACAGAGCAGCCUGGCUAGCUGUGGUGGUUGGAAAAGAAGCUUCCCGGUGAGGUUCUAAGAUGACCCUUUGAUGUUCAUAUAUAAAAGCUUCCUGAUGUUCAUAUAUAAAAGCUUCCUUUUACCCAAGCUUGUACUCAAGUGGGACAGAAAUUGUUUCCUUGGAAGUCAAGUUCUGAAAAGACAAAUAGGUUAACACGUUAUCAGAUCAAAGCAAGUUUGUGCAGUCAGGAGUUUCCACUUCAGUUACAGAACUCUUCUCUAGAUCCAGGCUAGGCCUCACAUUACAAUACAGAGUUUCCAUUCUUU